ACCCAAAGCUUGUAGAAAACAACUACUAACAACGAUCUGAUGCGAAUGUAAUCUGAUAGAAUUUGUAAGCAAAAAAUGGCAGACGAUAAUUCCAGUGAAGAAUUGAGUAAAAACGUUCGCAGGGCAGUCGGAGUCAAGUUAAGUAAUGGUAAAAACAAGAAAUUUUUUAAGUUGCUUUAUUGCGCAUCUAUAGACUCUGGUGACCCUGAUGUAGAAAGGUUCCAUCUUCAUUGCGACUCAAAAGCGCCGACAUUGACAAUUUUGCACGGAAAACACAACGCUGUAUUUGGCGGCUACACAAGCAUACUCUGGAGUUCUUCUAAACAUCAUGUUAAGAAAGAUACACAGGCCUUUCUAUUUUACAUGAACGAUAAUGAAGGGGCUAUAUGCAAGUUUUUUCCUGUGAAGGACAAUAAAACUGACAUAGCCAUUACAUGUGAUGCAAACUUCGGUCCAACCUUCGGGGCAAAAUCACUUACGAAUAAUUACGAUCUCCAGGUUUUCAAGAAAGAUUCUAAACCUGAAUCAAAACGAAAAGAAAAGUUCCUUCAAUUAAAUGGUGUGUUUGAUAUCGGCAAUGCUUAUAAUACGAACGAUGAUGACGGCGGAAAAGUAAAGAGCAAUGACAUCAAUUCGGGAAAGUUAAUAGUGAAGAAGAUUGAAGUGUUCCAUGUUUUAGAUGACGAGUAUCCUAAACCGUGGAGAACACAACUUGAGGAUGAACAUGCUACAAACAUGAAAGAAGAACUUGUAGUGAAGGAACCUAUACCCGGUUUAGGCAUCAAAAAAUACAACAUGCUUCUGAUUGGGACAAUUGGUGUGGGAAAGUCUAGUUUUUACAACACCCUUGCGACGGUUUUCGCAGAUAGAGUAAAGACACAUGCUCCUGCAAGAGAGUCGGUAGCAAGUGUCACAAAUGAGGUUAAAGCAUACACGAUUGCGACUGAAAGAGGUGAGGAACUAUGUGUACGAAUAAUUGAUAUCAGGGGAUUUCAAUCACAGAGAGGAUACGAGCAUGAACUUGCUCUAAUUCUAAAUGGACAAUUACGUAUCGGCUAUAAA